AUGGUUCGCGUCACCGAGGAGCUGGCUCUGUCGCCAGACCAUCUCACUCUCUACCAAGCUACCGACCCUUUGCUCGGCCACCUCCCUCUGUUAAUACUGCACGGCCCCUCCACUACUGCGAAUUACACGUUAAACAGUUCGAGAGUGCAGGUCCACGUAUAUACCCCGGCCGGCUUCCAAUCAUUCCCCCGACUUACUAUCUCUCCGAACUCGCCCUUCUAUAAUGUUGUUAAUUAUCUCCCUCGCGAGUUUCAAGGUGACGAGGUAUAUCGAGCUUUGGCGUUCGGUCUGUUCAAAUAUUUCCGCGAGCUACCAGAACACGUGAAGAGCCAUGUCAGAAAUCAAUAUCCCUCUAUGAGAAGCCGUCGACCGGGCUCGGCACCUACACUUUUUGGCGAAGAGCACGCUGCCGAUAUCGCCAAGUCGAUGGUCAAGGCCGAUAAUACGCCCGAUACCAUCCAAAGGCUCCAGAUCGCCCUUCAGACGCAACAUAUUAGUAAUAUCGACAUUGACCUUGUGCUUCCUCCUGGGUCAAUUAUCCCAUUGCAACCCGCAGACUUUGAAGACGUGCCGGAAGAUGAGGAUGAUAUCUUAGAUCCGACAUUACGACAAUAUGGAAUGUAUACACCUCUUGUCAAGCUUUUUGGCGAGCCUGUAUUCCUACCAACUACAAGACUACGACGAGCCCCCUCUAAGCCAAGUGCGUUGAAUAGAACAAAGUCAUUUUCCAAGGAACAGAAGGCCGAAUUACGGAGAAAGAUGGACGAGCUGGUAGAGACGGAGGAACGCUACGUGAUGAAGGUGGACGAACUAGUGAAUCAUCUUGCACCUGAAUAUAGACAAAAGGCGAAGGACCGGCAACCCGACAGCUUUAGUCCGUCGGAGGAGGACGUCGAGAAACUGUUCCCUAGAUCGGCAAGCGAAAUUCUAGAAAUAAAUUCCGCUUUCAUGCGCGCACUGCAACAAAUGAUGGAUGAUACCGAAGGUGAUGCGUUGAGGGACAUGGAAUCCGGUGCCGCGUCUUCCAGGGUGGGCGUAUCAGGAAGUUUGAUCGGGAAGACAAAGGAUGCAAGCGGAGCUUUAGCAAUGGCAAAGAUCAUGUUGGAGUGGUUCCCAAAAUUCACCGAUUGUUAUCAGGACUAUAUUCGAGCGAGCCAGAAUUUUCCUCAGCUGAUUACCUCUUUGAUUAGCCAACAGUCGAGCUUUUCGCAAAGACUGGCCCUUACUGGAGAGCAACACCUUCGCUCCACCGUCAUCGAGCCUGUGCAGCGCCUGCCACGAUACAGCUUGGUGAUCGACCAAAUUGUUAGCUGCUUGCCCAUCACUCACCCUGCGCUUCAGCCCAUGUUAAAAGCCAGGGACAUCAUCUCGAACAUUUGCUCCAUGGAUGACCCUCUCACCGACAAGCCUCAUGUCAACUUACGCCUAAAGCAUAUGAUUGAGAGCUGGCCCGACGACCUCGAACCACACGGCCGGCUUGUUGUAGCUGCCGAUUUCUCUGAGAUACCUGCUCCGUAUCAAGUUGGUCUGCCUGCGCAACCAAUUUCGGACGAUCAAGCAGGCAUUUUUUUCCUUUUCUCAGACUGUAUCGUGAUCGCGAGGAAAGUCUACGGCGCGACGACAACAGCACGUGAUCUAAUGCGAGAAAUUGACAAGCCAUCCCCUGCAGGUCUUCUAGCUUCGAUGACGAACAUGGCGAGUGGUCAAGGCUCCUUCGAGCUUGCCUUUGCCGGUUGGCACGCUCUAGCUGACGUCCGUUUUACGGAGUCUUCCGACGGGCGUAUGAUCUGGAUGACUUCGUCGAAUGAGAUGAAGGGUGCUCAUGCAGGCGAAUACGUCACAAGCACAGCAACCACUUCGCGCUGUUUCGUGCUGCAGGAAUCGUACGAAGGCAAAGCUGCGAAGUGGAGUGAGGAUGUCGUCAAAGCUAGAGUUGAAGGCAGGUUCGCAGAGAAGGAACGCGAAGACCCUUGCUGGACUUUAAGAUCUACAAGGAUGCCUGAUACUGGCUUGGGAUUAUAUGCUGCUGUCUUUCAGGAAGGCCUCGACCAAUUGGUGGAAGGUCGAAAGGAACCGGCUCCUAUCCGUAUCGUUAUAGACAAUGAAAGAGGCACCAAAGGUGCGCCUGUGGGUCAUUAUGGUGUAGAGAUAUGUUCCGAUGUAAAGUCUGGGAAAAGGGUGACCGUCGUCACGGUAGGUCUUAACGGGAAGAAAGCGGCUGAUGAGAUUGCGUUGGAAGAUUUCCUCCCAACACUUGCUAGGAGGAUCAUUCAGCUCCUCAGCACGCAAUUCAAUGUCGCCAAUCCCAAGCUCACCGCUGCGAUGGUGUCGUUUCAUACGAAGGUACUCCGCGGCCUUAGCGUCUCCAACAGAGCCGAGAAAACGAAAUCGUUCUUAGCUACAUCGCCUGUGAAGUACCUCUCCAGUAUCCUAGGCGGGGGCAGCACUUCGGAUUUAACCAAUACUGUUAAACACCAGCGUACCUUGACAGGAGAAUCUCAAGGUCUUCCCGGCCAGUUAAGUCGUUCGAACAGUUCAAGAGACGCGGUCUCAUUGUAUGGCUCAGCCAAAAGUAGGGAUGGCAUUCGAAUUGGUGGUAUGGACGAUGAUAAGCCGGAAAAUCCAUUGGUUCGACUUGAGCAGACCUUUACGGGCUAUAUGGCUAGCCUCCAAGCACGCAAAGGUUGCUUUGUCGGUCGCACCCUACUUAACAGGUCUAAUGCUGACGAACUUUCCGUUAAUGACCUCUACAACAAACUCAUUGAAAGCCCGUUCGAUAUUGAAGCUUCAUCUGAUUUGACCCCCGAUGUCGUCUUUGCCGCCUUUGAGAAAUUUGUGCGUAUAGCUUGGAAGGAACAGAUGGGACCUAUCAUGACAUCUAAGGCCCUGGACGCCCUCCAAGAAAGAGCCUCCAAAAGGUUGCCUGGAGAUUUUGCGGAUUUUGUCCAUUUUCUCUUCCAAGAUAUGGCCCCCCAAAAUCGAAGGGCAUUCACUGCUCUCAUCAAGCUUUUAGCUGACCUCCUCGAUGGCUGUGGGAAUGACAGCGAUAGAGGAGCACUUACUCUAGCAUUCUCUGAGCUUCUAGUUGACGAUGGGUCCGCGCAUAAUUAUAUCAACCUCCUCGAUAGGCUCGUGGAAGACUGCGACCGCAUAUUCGAGGAUGGCUUAAACGGGUUCAACGCAGGGGUGAACAGUAUCGUGUCUGCCUUCGAGUCCAUCAACUCGACUACUCGUAGUGCGAAGUCGCAUUCCGGAUCGUUGACAUCGAACACGUCUUCCUUGAGAAGGAAGCUUGGGUUUGGCGACUUCUUAUCAAGACAGAAUAGCAAGAAUGAAGUGGACAAUCGAUCCUCAGUGUGGCGUAGCUUGAGCAAGCAUAACAGACACCCGGCUACGGGUGAGAGUCUAGGUUCAGUGAGAGCCACCGUGGUCAGGACGAGAUCCGUGGACGUCGGCGUUCCUUCAAGUCCGAACAAAUUAAGACGGCCCGGAUCGCGCGAAAGACCCCCCAUCGCCGGCGCUUUCGAUGAUAGCUUCUCGCGGCCCCCUAGCUCGCAUAAACUUGAAACAAUUGGGGAGCCAGAGAUCGAGGAGGCCGUUGUGAAGGCACCGAGGAAGAAGCGUCGAAGUUCAUUGUCAGAUCUGAAGAGCCUAAUGGCAGCAACGACGUUAGAGGACGAACCCUUGCAGCCUCUCUCCCAUAUGAAGCAGACUUCCGAGAAAUUUAACUCAGGUCCGCGCGUUCCACCACCCUCUAGAAUCCCAACUAGUCCAGCUUCCCAAAACCUCUCCAACAAUCUUACUCUCCGGUCAUCUCGACAAAAGGAAAAUGCCGAUGAUCCAUUCCAACCUGCGGCCCCGCCAAGCGACUCUAGAAAGGGUCACGCUAAGAUGCUAUCGACUUCUAAUAUUCCGACCCUGAAAGCUUCGCGCGAUGUUGUAAAUGCGGCAACCGAACAAAACCCUAGACCUACUUCUAGUCCAACAAAGUCUCCUGGGAAACUUCGAUUGCAGUCGACACAGAAGCUGCGAGAGCGUCUGCAGACCGAGAAAAAGGCCGUGGAAGAGGUCGAUGCCAACUUACAGUCGGAACUCUCCAAGAUUACCGCGGACAUGGCUAGGGUCAACUCCUCACUGCCCCGCAGCGCAACGGUGGACAUCAAGAAGCUGUCGUCCAGCGUAAAAGCUCUGGAAGAUCGCAUACCGCAGGUCAUCUCCGACCUAAAUAACCGUCACGAGCUACUCCAGAAAGAGAUGGAAGGCACGCUCAAGGCGACCGAGGCCAAGGUCAAGACCAUCGACCAGCUGUUCAAAGAAGCCACGGCGGAGAACGAAAUACUCUACGAAAAGUUCAACAGCGAGCUCGGCAAGAUCGUCAAAGCCCUCAAGGGGAAGGGGCGAGACGACAAAGAAGAAAUCAUGACUCGCAUGCGCGACUACAGCGAGGAGACGGCGCGUGUCAAGAGAGAGAACGCCAAAUUGCGCCGCGAGAUGGCGUCCCUACGAACCCUAGUAAAAAGCAGCAACAACAAUAACAACAACACCACCAACACCACUACUAAUACCGGCGACGCCUAG